AUGGCACCUCUCUCCCAUCCCGGCAUGGUAACGAUCAAGUUUGCGAAGCCUGAUGUACAACCCCCAGUGUAUGUAGCAGGCUCCUUUUCCGACCCAGCAUGGCUGCCCCAGGAAAUGGAAUACACCAUCAAAGGGGACGGCCAGCGCGAAUAUGUCAAGGACAUUCCUGCAGAAGAAGGAAAGGAAUAUCAAUACAAAUUCCGCCUGGGGCCGGGAGACUGGUGGAUCUUGGAUGAAGCUUCCCCAACAGUCACCGACGACAUUGGCAAUCGAAACAAUCUCCUCUCUGUACCUGUACGGCAGCAGGACACCACACGCUCCGUGGCUAUUGAAAUGCCAAGCUCUAGAAUACGAGAGGUCAAAGAGCUUGGUGAAUCUGUCCCCGGGAAAAUAGGUGGGUUGGUCGAUCUCCAACCUCGCGCCGGCCGGCAAGACAAUGACGACAUUCAACAAUGGACCACGAGACGCGAACUCGUAGACGUUGUAGCAGCUGCGGUCCUCCUUGAUGAUGCCCAACACACGCCCCCAAUGUCUGAUGGAGAUGUAGGCGAGAUUGGUGGCAGGCGCAUGUCUGAUACCCCUAUCUCCCAAGCGGAAAGAAUAGCGGCCGAGGCGGCAGAAGUUGCGGCUCUCCCCGAAGAAAAGAGUGUGGAUUUCGAAUUGCCCCCAUCUCCAUUGAACUUUGAAGAUGGGCGUGACUUGGACUCAUAUCCUGUCACGCCGGGGGAUGACCAAGUACCGCUCUUUCCACAUGAAUGUCCUGGUCCUACAGACAAGGUAGUAGAAAGCCCCCAUGAGUAUAUACGGGCGAUGUCGUGGUCCAAGCCAGUUGAAGAAGUACUGGACUUGAAAGAUCCUUCACUCGUUCCUUUCCCAACAGAUCGAGACGGAAUCAUGGCUCAACUUCGGGAUGUGGAGAGGCGUAACUCCUCAGUAGGACCAGAAACUCCUCCAUUUCCCCCCUUUGAAUCCAAUCACUAUCCGGACAGACUGGAGAUCCCAUCUCCUUCAAUCCGGUCACUUACUCGAGAUCAGUCUCCCUCGCUCCAUUCGAUUGUCGAAGAACAAGAAGUAGGUGACGCGCCCCUUACAUCCAUACCAAACCUAUCCGACCUCCUUGCUACACCCGAGAAAAACAAGUUCUUGGAUCCUGCAUAUUCUGACGAUAUUAAAGGUGAGGUUUCGGCCAUAUUUCUAGAUCACCCUCAACCGAUCAUCCAUGUUGCAAAAGCCAACCUAGAGUCGGGUGUCAAGAGCCAAUUCCUGGAUAGCCAGUCGGAUGAGACUCCACAAGAACACCCGGCACCCAGGGUUGGAGACGAAGUAGUAGGCUUUGAAGCGCCUGUCGAGGAAGAACGAUCCCACGGAGAGACACUCAAGGUUCUAGAAUCUCCGCCAAUAGCCACUGUUGUGGUCCAAGCGACAAGUCCUCAUAUCAAUGACUCCAAACAUCUUUCGGAGUAUAAGAUCAAGGCUAGCGAAGUGGACUUCAAACGCAGUGAAGUGCAACUUGAUCCAACAACCCAAAUCGAAGGUGCUUCUGUAUCUAGCAGUAACGUUGAAAUACCCGCCGAUGUAGCAUCACCGAAGUUUAACAAUGAUUUGGCACAACGUAUCAGGCUACCCCCUUUAGGCGAAGUACAUCCAAGUUACGACAGCGAGCCUUCCACCACCGAUGCAACACCAAGUGCUACAAUACAGCCAGCCACACAGUGGUCGAAUACAAUGGCCACACUUAAUGGUUCGUCUGGUGCAGCACUCGACACUGGCGAGAGUACGUCGAUUGCGCAUCGCCCUGAGCUGAAGCCGCGAAAGCAACCACCACAAGUCUCUCCCUUAGAACGACCUCUGACGCCAAGUUCUAUCCGAUCUUCGAAUAAGGAUGCUAAGUCCAGAAGUUUCUUGAAAGCAUUCUGGCGGGUCGUUUUUGUUGAUUGGAUUGGCGGCUUCAUUUUGAGGCUGUGCGGUGGAGGACGUCACACGUAA